AUGGCAGAAGAAUCCACAGUUGCAAUCAUGCCCCCAAAGAAUGACGACCAUCCUAUCUUGUAUAGCGACGUCAACCAAGAAGAUCUUCAUGCCAAAACAUCGAAGUACCUCCUGAAUUAUGGCACCAAAUUCAACAAAGAAGUGAUUUGUGGCAGUAGAGGGCUCUACGUGUACACGGCCUGCGGACACAAAGUGCUAGAUUUUACAUCCGGACAAAUGUCCUGCCUGCUCGGCCAUGGGCAUCCAGAGAUCGUGCAGACAAUCGCUGACCACGCAGCCUCCCUAGACCACCUCUUCUCAGGCAUGGUAUCACCCCCUGCGAUAAGCCUAGGCGAACGUCUCUGUGAUCUUCUCCCAACCGGGCUCGACAAAGCCUUCUUCCUCUCCACCGGCGGCGAGAGCAACGAAGCAGCAAUAAAGAUGGCAAAGGUAUACACCGGAAAGUUCGAAAUCGUCGGACUAGGCGGUAGCUGGCAUGGCGUGACAGCGCAAGCACUAGGCGCACAAUACCACUUCGGUCGCAAAGGCCAAGGCCCCCUGAUGCCCGGGAUGCUGAUGCUCCCACCGCCGAACGCGUACCGCUCCAUCUUCCGCCGCGCCGACGGAUCCUACGACUGGGAAGCCGAGAUGGAAUACGGCUGGCGCAUGAUCGACAUGCAAUCGUGCGGAUCGCUGGCGGCUUGCAUCGUUGAGUGUAUCCAGUCAUCGGCUGGCAUGCACGUCCUACCACCGGGGUACCUCGCUGCUCUAAAACGGGAGUGCGAAAAGCGCGGAAUGCUCUUGAUCGUCGACGAAGCGCAGACGGGCGUCGGCCGCUGCGGCGAUCUAAUGGCUAUCAACCAUGAAGGUGUCGUUCCUGAUAUCCUCACCCUCAGCAAGACGCUAGGGAAUGGCCUGCCGCUCAGUGCUGUUGUUACGAGUGCCGAGAUCGAGCGUGUGUGCAUCGGGCGCGACUACUGCUUCUACACGACUCAUGUUAAUGAUCCACUGCCUGCUGCUGUGGGUGACAAAGUGCUUGAGAUUGUGGUGCGUGAUGGGCUGGUGGAGCACUCUCGUGCUAUGGGUAAGGUACUCCAUGACCGGCUGAAUGCGCUGAAGGAAAAGUAUGGCUGUAUCGGAGAUGUCCGUGGACGUGGACUUAUGGCAGGGGUUGAGAUUGUUGAGGAUCGCGAGACCAAGAACCCUGCGCUGGCUUUAGGCAAGGCGAUCGGGGAUCGGGCUUAUGAUUUAGGCUUGUGGGCCAAUCUCAGUAGCCAUCCAAGCUUUGGGGGUGCAUUUCGCAUCGCUCCGCCAAUCACUAUUACCAAGGACCAGCUGCUUAGUGGCUUGGAAAUAUUGGAAGAGGCAUUUGCAGCGACCCCUGGCACCAUGCCUGCAUGA